UCUCCCCGCGUCGCAUUUGGUACGCGCCGGCGGAGAGGCCAGGCCCAGCCCGGGCGGUACAAUAGGGUUGGGCCGCGGCCGGGACUGGGCCGGCGACUGGCAGGGAGCAGAAUCGCGGCCGGAGCCGGCAGACACUGGGCGGCCAGCGAGUCCGAGCCCGCAGGCCACCAGCCGAGUCAGCCUCGACCUUCUCCGGAGCUCCCUCCACCUCCGAAUCGUUGCCCGCCGGGCCGGGCCGGGCGUGAUGCGCCGCGGGACCCCUAUCUUGGCCGCCGGCCGCCGCCGCCGUCGCCGCUGAGACCCCCGAGAUACCCCCCCCAGCCGUAACGCCGCAGCCAUGGAGAGCGGCUCGCGUUCGGAGCCGGGUGCCGGCGCACCCCCAGCUGUGGCAGCCAGGACCCCACCAGAGCCAAGACCUUCUCCAGAAGGUGACCCUUCCCCGCCACCACCGCCACCACUGAUGUCAGCCCUGGUGCCCGACACUCCCCCAGACACCCCUCCUGCCAUGAAGAAUAUUACUAGCCCUAAGCAGCUCCCGCUGGAACCAGAGAGCCCCCCCGGGCUGGUUGGGCCUAGACCAGCCUCCCAGCAAGAAGAGCCCCCUCUCUCAGAAGUGAAGAGCAGGGGACCAACCCCUCCAGCCACAGGCCCACGGGAUGCCAGGCCUUCUCGAAGGAGUAGCCAGCCAUCGCCAACGGCAGUGCCAGCCUCCGACAGCACCCCCACCAAGCAAGAUGUAAAGAAGGCAGGGGAGAGACACAAACUGGCAAAGGAGCGGCGGGAAGAACGGGCCAAGUACCUGGCGGCCAAGAAGGCGGUGUGGCUGGAGAAGGAGGAAAAGGCCAAGGCGCUGCGGGAGAAGCAGCUCCAGGAGCGCCGGCGGCGUCUGGAGGAGCAGCGGCUCAAAGCCGAGCAACGCCGGGCAGCCCUGGAGGAGCGGCAGCGGCAGAAGCUGGAGAAAAACAAGGAGCGCUAUGAAGCAGCCAUCCAGCGGUCAGUGAAAAAGACGUGGGCUGAAAUCCGGCAGCAGCGCUGGUCCUGGGCAGGGGCCCUGCACCACAGCUCCCCAGGACGUAAGACCAGUGGGAGCAGGUGCUCCGUGUCGGCAGUAAACCUGCCCAAACACGUGGACUCUAUAAUCAACAAGCGGCUCUCAAAGUCCUCUGCCACGCUCUGGAACUCCCCCAGUAGAAAUCGCAGCCUGCAGCUGAGCGCAUGGGAGAGCAGCAUCGUGGACCGUCUGAUGACGCCCACCCUCUCCUUCCUGGCACGGAGUCGCAGUGCAGUCACACUGCCCCGAAACGGCCGGGACCAGGGUAGGGGCGGCAGCCCUGGGAGAGCCCCCGCGAGGGGCGGGGCAGGGGCCAGCCUGGCGAAUGGGCCACGCCCCGACCGCACUCAUCCCUCCGCAGCCGUGCCCGUGUGCCCACGCUCAGCCUCCGCCAGCCCCCUGACACCUCUGUGCAGCGCCCCCCGAAGCGGGCACCGCUGCGUCCCUGCGGGGGAGCGAGGGGAGCGCCGCAAGGCCAGCGCUGGGGGCAGUCCCGCCCCAGGCCGCCUGAGGCCAGAGACCUCACUGGUGCAGAAAAAGGAGAAAAAAGACAAGGAACGAGAAAACGAGAAGGAAAAGAGUGCCCUGGCCCGGGAGCGCAGCCUCAAGAAGCGCCAGUCACUGCCUGCCUCUCCCCGCCUGCGACCUCGCCUUUCUGCCGGCAAUGCCGAUGUCAGUCCCAAAUCCAAGGCCCGGCCAUCCUCUCCCUCCACAUCCUGGCACAGGCCUGCCUCUCCCUGCCUCAGCCCAGGGCCAGGUCAUGCUCUGCCCCCAAAACCACCAUCCCCCCGAGGCACCACUGCAUCACCCAAGGGGCGGGUUCGGAGGAAGGAUGAGGCAAAGGAGAGCCCCAGUGUGGUGGGGCCCGAGGACAAGAACCAGAACAAGGGCAAGGCCAGUGACGAGAAGGAGCCUGCAGCCCCAGCCUCACCAGCACCCUCGCCUGUGCCCUCACCCACCCCAGCCCAACCCCAGAAGGAGCAGCCCACAGCGGAGAUCCCUGCAGAUACCGCUGUCUUGACCUCACCCCCAGCCCCUGCUCCCCCGGUGACCCCUAGCAAACCCAUGGCUGGCACCACAGACCGCGAAGAGGCCACUCGGCUCCUGGCUGAGAAGCGGCGCCAGGCCCGGGAGCAGCGGGAGCGCGAGGAACAGGAGCGGAGACUGCAGGCGGAAAGGGACAAGCGAUUGCGAGAGGAGCAGCUGGCUCGGGAGGCCGAGGCCCGGGCAGAGCGGGAGGCGGAGGCCCGGAGGCGGGAGGAGCAGGAGGCCCGGGAGAAGGCGCAAGCCGAGCAGGAGGAGCAGGAGCGACUGCAGAAGCAGAAAGAGGAGGCCGAAGCUCGGUCCCGAGAGGAAGCGGAGCGGCAGCGUCUGGAGCGGGAGAAGCACUUCCAGCGGGAGGAGCAAGAGCGGCAAGAGCGCAAAAAGCGCCUGGAGGAGAUCAUGAAGAGGACUCGAAAGUCAGAAGCUGCUGAAACCAAGCAGAAGCAGGACAGAAAGGAGGCCAAGACCAAUAAUUCCAGCCCAGUGAUAGACCCUGCGAAAGCCAUGGAGGCUCGACCCUCAGGGCUGCAGAAGGAGGCUAUGCAGAAAGAGGAGCUGGUCCCCCAGGAGCCUCAGUGGAGCCUGCCAAACAAGGAGUCGCCAGGGUCCCUGGUGAAUGGCCUGCAGCCUCUCCCAGCGCACCAGGAGAACGGCUUCUCCCCUAAGGGGCCCUCUGGGGACAAGAGUCUGGGCCGAACGCCAGAGGCUCUCCUGCCCUUCCCAGAGGCAGAGGCCUUCCUCAAGAAAGCAGUGGUGCAGCCUCCCCAGGUCACAGAAGUCCUUUAAGGGGUUGCCUUGGAUCCAGGCACAGCUAUGAGGGCUCCUCUGCAUCAUCUGCCAGGAUGUCUGGAAGAGAAAGAGACAGAACAAAGCCGGAAGUGGCCUGGGCCCCUGGGGGUUGGGUCCUCUCUGUUAUUUUUAAUCUGCACCUUAUAGACUGAUGUCUCUUUGGCUGGAGCCAGACCCUGCCCCUCAGUGCAUUCGUGUGCUCACACGCGCGGACACCCGCAUACACACACAUACACUCACAGCCUCUCUGGUCUCCUCCCAUGGGGAAGGGCCACCUGUAGUAUUUGCCUUGGUUUGGGCGGGGUACAGUGGAUGUGAAUACUGUAAAUAGCUCGUGCUCAGACUCCUCUGCGUGGAGGGGGCGGGUGCAGGAGGCAGACCCUCCCAAGACUCCCUGGGGAGAUCUUCCUCCCUCUAUUUAACUGUAUCUGAGGGGGAACCCAGGUCUGGGGAUGGGGGCACCUUGGGCCACAGGAUACUGGUUGCUUUAGGGGUACCCGUGCCCCCUGCCCUCGCCUGGAAUCAGUGUUAUUGCAUCUGAUCAAAUUUCUCCAGAAAUAAAGUGAGAAUAAUUCUGCCA